AUGGGGAAGGGGAAGGGGAAGGGGGGCAAGAGGAGGGUGGUUGCGCGUGGGCUUGGGAAUGCUGGGGAGCAGGGGUUGUUGGCGAGGGGGAGGGCUGCUCCUGCUGCUGCUGCUGCUGCUGCUGCUGCUGCUGGGGGUGCUACGGCAGGCCCGCAUCUCGAUGUUUGGGUCGGGUGGGAGGGGAGUAGGGCGACCGCCCCCCGAACGCCCUGCACGACAUCCCAACGGUUCGAUCCCUCGCUGAGACUCGGGUCGCUCGGCUGGGUGAACAUCGUGCCGCAUGCGAAGGCCACCGUGGAUCUGAUCGUGGAUGGAGAGGAGGUCAAGUUCGAGGGAUAUGGGUAUCAUGACAAGAACUGGUCCGAACGCCCCUUCCACUCGCUCGUCAAGAAGUGGUUCUGGGGCCACGCGCACGUCGGCCCCUACUCGCUGGUCUGGUUCCAGGAGACGCCGCUCAACGCGACGAUUCCCGUGGCCAGCGCGUCCGUCCUCCAAGACGGGGUGACGGUGUUGAGUGGUUGUGAGGCCGGGAUUGUCAGUGUGCAGCGGGUCAGCCAUGCCGCGGCGUCCGGGUUCGCGGUCGAGGUGGUGAUGAGGGGCGUGAGGGUAACGAUGCUGGGGACGCGAGAGGUGGCGGGCGAUGGGCAGCAUUUCUUCCGGUGGACGGGGACGGUCGAUGGAGAGGUGCUGGGCCAGAAAGUGAAUGGGGGAGUGGCGGUCUUUGAGGAGUUCGAUCUGUGA